CCAUUUAGAAUUCAUUGUUCUUUUGUCCGCAGAACGCAGUGUGAAUCAGCUCAAGAGAUCAGCAGGUGAAUAAUGAUAGCCAACGGAGAAGCCAACACCGGAGCGGGGUCCACCAUUGCCCCAGGCCGCAAUCAACGCUCUCAGAAACCCCUCGUUCAAACUCUCAAGUCCCUCCCAUCUCGAAUCCGUCUCGUGCACGUUGUCGUGGCGAUCGGAGUGGCCUCGGUGUUUAUCGCGUACGUGAGCGUGGCUCCGCCCACCGACCUCCCGAACUGGCCGCUCUAUCGUCUCAACUCUCGUGUUUGGCAAACUUUCGAACACUGGGGUCAGCAUGUAAAGCCGCACCACGUCCGUAUCAUCACCAUGGCGCUCCAACACAUCGAGUCCCGCGCCCUCUACAUACUCAGCUACUUUGAGAUCCCAGACAUAAUUAACAAGGCGGGGGAACCCCUGUCAUGUCACGAAAUCAAAUCCAGAGUGGACAAGAAGUUCGGCUCCGAACCGGUCAACCUCCCGUUCCUCUGUCGCGUACUGCACGCCGCCGCGCACUUUGACCUCUUACGAGAGGCCGGGGAGGACAAGUACUCGCUCACCCCUCUCAGCGAGUACCUUGUAUCAUCCCACCCGAGAAGUCUGAAGGAGUUUGUGAAGCUCUAUUCGGGGGACGAGGCGUUGAUAGUGAGCACGGCCCUGUCUCGCAGCAUGUUCUCCGGGCUGUCUGGGUUCAAGGAGACAUUUAGAGAGGAACUGGCCGAGUACCUGCCCAAAGACGAGCAGCUCAGAGAGAUAUUUUCACUCGGACUGACUGACUUCUCUCGACUACAUGCCCCUGCAAUUAUUGCCGACUAUCCCUCCUUCAGUUCGUGUCACCACAUCUGUGACAUUGGAGGUGGGGUGGGGUCCUUCAUUUACGACCUUCUCAAUUACUACUCUUUCGACAUCAAGGGGACCAACUUUGACCUUCCGCAUGUCAUUGACACUGGCAGGUCGUUCAUGGCAAAGCGAGGAGCCAGUAACAAGAUCGCUCUCGUCCCGGGAAACUUUACUGAGAAACUGCCCAAGUUUGGGUGUGACUGCUACAUAAUGAAGGACAUCCUCCAGAACUGGUCAGACGAGGACGCUGCCCUCAUCCUCAGGAACCUCCACUCCGUCAUGGACUCUGGCCACAGACUACUGCUCAUUGAGACCAUCAUGCACAUUGGCAGCUACUCUGAGGAACGGCUCAAAAGUCUCCUGGACCUGACGAUGAUGUCAUUCCAUCCCUCGCACUCUCGUCUGAGGACAGAAGAGGAACUGUUUUUCUUACUCCAGCAGUCGGGGUACUCUGACCCCCAGACGUACCCCACUCGGGCCUCUUACUCCAUCAUCGAGACCUUUCCCAUCCCUUCAUAGAACUCCAGACUCAUAGCCAAAAUCAUAACUGUGCCACUUGAUAUACAUUCUCGCUACUGUGCUUCCUUUUGUGAAUUUUGUGAAAUGUUAAUUUUAUGGGAAUCAAUA